AUGGCUGCCUCUGCUACAAGAACCCAAGUAUUGUCUCUUUACCGCGAAUUUUUACGAUACGGUAACCAGUUUUCUUCUUACAACUUUCGGGAUUAUGCCAUUCGCCGUUCUAGAGAUGCUUUCCGAUCGCAAAUCAACGAAACGAAUCCCGAGAAGAUCACCGAAUGUAUCCAAAAAGCCAAAAAGGAAUUGGAAAUGGUGCGACGACAAGCUACGAUCAGCUCACUUUACAGCCGAGGUGAUCGUUUAGUCAUCGAAAAGCGAGUGUAA